CAGGAUUUAAGUGAAGCUUGGGAAGCUUUUGCGGAGUGCAAGUAACAACAGAGCGAGUUAUGGCAAGCCUGAGCUCUCUGUUAUGUGCAGUGCUGUUCAUUCACAGCACAGUAAGCUGCUAUGCUGCUGGACCUAACCACAAGAAAAAACAUCUGGCCCUCUUUGUUUUCGGGGAUUCACUUUUUGAUCCUGGAAAUAAUCAAUACCUCAGCAGAAGCAUCAGAGAGCCAUCAACUAAAUGGCCUUAUGGAGAAACCUACUUCAAGCAUCCCACUGGAAGAUUCUCUGAUGGGCGUCUAGUCCCUGAUUUCAUAGCUCAAUUUGCAAAUUUGCCAAUACUUCCACCAUACCUGCAAAAUGGUGACCACCAAUUCACUAAUGGGGCUAACUUUGCAUCAGCUGGAGCAGGCGUUCUUGCUCACACUAAUCCAAAAGUAAUCAAUCUUCCAACACAAUUGAGCUACUUCAAGGCAGUAGUGAAAUCACUAAAAAAUGAACUAGGCGAUAAAAAAGCCAAGGUUUUGAGCAAUGCUGUAUACUUGUUUAGUAUGGGAGGCAACGAUUACAUCGGCCUUCACUACCAAAACCCCAAUGUCACUCAGUCAUACCAAACCCAAUAUGUCAAGAUGGUGAUUGGCAACUUGACCAAUACACUGAAGGAAGUAUAUAUCCUAGGAGGCAGGAAAAUUGCGUUUCAAAAUGCAGGGCCUUUGGGCUGUACGCCAAAUGAUAGAGCAAGGAAUGCUCAACCGGGUGGUGGCUGUGCUGAAGUAGUAUCAGCAAUGGCAAGACAACAUAACAGAGCUCUAUCUGUAGCACUGAAGAAGUUAGAGAGCACGUUACCAGGAUUUAAGUAUUCAACAUUCAAUUACUAUAAUGCACUUUUAGGCAGAGUCAACAAGCCUUCCAAAUAUGAAUUUAAGGAAGGCAAGGUAGCCUGCUGUGGUAAUGGAGCCUAUAGAGCAUCUGGGUGUGGUGGUGGAUUUAGUGGAAAGGAGAAGUUUGAGGUAUGUAGUAACCCUGCUGAAUACGUGUGGUUUGAUGGAGCACAUACCACUGAGAGAGCAAACCGCCAACUAGCAGAGCUAAUGUGGAAUGGACCACCAACGAUUACAGGGCCUUACAAUGUGAAGCAACUAUUUGGAUGUACAAUAUAA